AUGGAGGGAAGGUGUGCAUAUGCCGUCCUCGUCAUGGUGGCAUUCUGGAUGACGGAUGCCAUACCCAUGGCCAUCACGUCCCUCAUGCCGGUCUUUCUCUUCCCCCUUCUCGGGAUACUUGGUACCUCUGAAGUCUGCAAAUUGUACAUCAGGGAGAGCACCAUAAUGUUCCUCGGAGGCAUCAUGGUCGCGCUUGCUGUGGAACACUGCAACUUACACCAGAGGGUCGCCCUCAGGUUCCUCCUCUGGAUCGGAACUUCCCAAAUGUGGUUGAUGCUGGGGUUCAUGCUGGCGACGAUGUUCCUGUCCAUGUGGAUCACCAACACAGCAACAACGGCCAUGAUGAUUCCCAUCGUGGAAGCGGUCCUAAUCGAAAUCUAUCGGAAAGAGACAUGUUUCCGGCCGGUGGACGAGUCGCCGCGAGAAUGCGUAGAACUCACCCACUUGCAACACCUUCGAAAGCAGAGAAAGCGAACCAUGUCCGACGUAUCUACCAGUGUCGAUUUCCUGGAGAUCGAGGAGGAGUGA